AUGUCGCAAGAAACACUCACGCGCGAAUCCGUCGCAAAGCAUAACAAGCCAGACGAUCUCUGGUGCAUUGUCGACCACAAGGUCUACGACCUGACUGAUUUCGUCGAUGCCCACCCCGGUGGCUCAGUCGUUCUCGAGCAGGUAGCUGGCACCGAUGCCACUAUCGCCUUCUACAACCUGCACCGACAAGAAGUCCUGCAAAAGUACGAGGACCUGUGCAUCGGCACCAUCGAAGGCGAGAAGUCGGAAGUCAUCGUGCCCAAGUUCGGCGACUUGAGCCCAGUUCCGUACGCCGAGCCACUAUGGCUCCGACCGCAGUUCAAGAGCCCAUACUUCAAGGAGAGCCACAGGGCGCUGCAGAAGGAAUUGCGCAAGUUCACCGACGAGCACAUCACACCCGAGGCUCAGGCGAAGGAGAAGAGUGGCGAGUACAUCAGCCAGGAGCUGAUUGAUAAGAUGGCUGCGAAUGAUAUUCUGGCUAUGCGCCUUGGGCCGGGAAAGCAUCUACAUGGCAAGAACUUGAUGGGCGUGGUAAAGGGCGAGGAGUUUGACUACCUGCACGAUCUUGUCCAGGCGCAAGAGGGUGUACGUGCGAAUGCUCGAGGGUUCCAGGAUGGCAACAUGGCUGGCAUGAUGAUUUCAUUGACAGCAGUGUUGCAGUGGAUGCCAGAAAGUGAGCUGAAGACACGUGUGGUCAACGAGGUCUUGACUGGCCAGAAGAAGAUCUGCCUCGCCAUCACCGAGGCAUUCGCGGGCUCAGACGUCGCUGGACUGCGCACCACUGCGGAGAAGACACCUGAUGGCAAGCACUACAUCAUCCGGGGCACGAAGAAGUGGAUCACCAACGGCAUGUUCUGCGACUACUUCGUCACAGGCUGCAAGACAGAGAGCGGCUUCUCCGUCAUCCUUAUCCCCAGGGAUGACACCGUAGAGACAAAGUUGAUCAAGACCAGCUACUCCACAGCCGCCGGUACCGCAUACGUCGAAUUCAACAACACCAAAGUCCCCGUCGAAGGCCUUCUCGGAAAGGAGCACCAAGGCUUCAUCGUAAUCAGUAAGUCAAACUCCACCCCCUCGCAUCUUACAACCUCUAACAAUACCUCAGUGUCCAACUUCAACCACGAGCGCUUCAUGAUGGCCUGCGGCGUAAUCCGACAAUCCCGCACCGUCGUCGAAGAAUGCCUCAAAUGGUGCAACCAGCGCAUGGUCUUUGGCAAGAAACUCAUCGAGCAAGCCCGCCAUCCGCCAAAAACUCGCCAAAAUGAUCUCUCACGUCGAGGCCAACCAGGCGUGGCUCGAAUCCAUCGCCUACCAAAUGUGCAACAUGAGCUACCAGCAGCAGUCAACUGUGCUGGGUGGGCCCAUUGGGCUCUUGAAGUCUUUUGCCACGCGCUCUGCGCACGAGAUUGCGGAUGAGGCGGUGAAUAUUUUCGGUGGGAGGGGGCUGACGCAGACGGGUAUGGGCCGCGUGGUGGAGCAGUUCCAUCGGACGUACAAGUUUGAUGCGAUUUUGGGCGGGACGGAA